AUAAAACGUCAAGAGUUUGUCAAAACGUCAUCCAUCCGUUCGUCAGACGCAUUUUCAAUUUUCUGUUGCAAACACAGUACGCCCGUGUUUUAUUCACUGAUACAAUUCAUAACAUUUCGAUAUGUGCUGAUGUAAAUUUAAAAUUGACAUUCAAUUUACGACCAUGGUUUUAUGACAGCCUCGUAAUAAGGAGGCGAUAUUGGCAAAAUGUCGAAGGCCGUGAUAAUACCUGAGUGUAACAAGAAUUUUGGAGGGAUGAAGGAUGAGAUAUCGCUUUCGCCGACGGACAAGAAAGACGGAGCGAUAAGUUUGUUCAGCAGGUUGCUUCGUUUCGAUUCCCUAAAAAGAAACCCAGCUCCGGAGAGUCCUACAAAUACGGAACCGCCUACGACAUAUUACGGAGUCUACAUACCUUGUGAAAUUAAGAAAGGCCCAGAUGAAGAAGCCCUGCAUGUAUACAAGAACAAGUCAGAAGCCCUGGAGCUGGUGCGUCGCUACAAGUUAGCACGAUUCAAAGCGUUCCAGAACAGACAGGAUGCGGUCUCCUUUGCGUUGCGAGGCGCCGAGCCUGUUGACACUGUUGAUGGGAAUGAUAACUCUUUGGUCGGCGAGAAGCCGUACCCCUUCAAGGCUCCAUCGCCUCAGGACAUGGUGGCCCUCCGGAAAGCCAUUGAAGGUGGAAACAUCGCGAAGGUUCGAGAGAGAGUGUGGGAGAACCCUCGGUUCCUUGUCAGCAGUGGUAACACACCCUCUAUUAUGCACGAGGGCACAAGAUAUAACGCGAUGCACGUAGCGGCGAAGUCUUGCAACGCUGAGAUGUGCAAUAUGAUUCUCACGACCGUCGGCGACCCGGCCUUCGUGCAGACCCUGUAUGGUGCUGACGCGGAUCCUGACUCUUGUAAGGAAUUCGCAGCGAUCCUCCUAGACCGCUACCUCAACACGCCGGACAAGUCGAUGAACGAGACGCCUCUUCACUUCGCGGCCAAGUUCGGAGCCGUGGAAGUCGUCGAUGUGCUCACUUCGUUCCCGCAGUGCAACCGCGCCGCUGUCAACAAAUACGGCGAGCAGGCUAAAGAUAUAAUCUGCAAACGGACAUCGAACGCCAGCCCCGAGACGAGCGACCGCAUCAGGUCCAUGCUCCAACAGCGAUACUACGUGCCCGUCCUUCACAGUGAAGACGGCAGCGAAGUGCCCACCAUCGGGAGACCUUUCACUCCCGCGGACCCACCUGACAUAAACCGCGACCCGCUGACGGCCCGCUACGAGAUCCGCGCGUUCGCGGGCCCCAUGGAGGCCGACGACGCCGAGAGCUUCCGCCGCCGCUGGAAGACGCCGCCCCGCGGAGCGCCCCGCCUGGGCAGGCUGCGGCCGCCCGCCUUCCGCCUCGGGGAGAUGACCAAGGGGUUGGAAGCUGUGGGGAGAGACUUAGCUGAAGAAAUGAAAGUUGGGUGGAAGGAAUACUGGCCGUUCCUUGACACGUUCACUGACCUACGAACGCUGGAAGGGCUUGCUCUACUAGAAAACUAUCUCAGAAACAAAUACGAGGGAGCAUGUUCGUUCGCAUAUAGUGACAGUUGCAUGCAGUCCCAGCAUUCUCCUGAGGAAUUGGUAUUCUCAAGAUUGAGUCUAGGAAAUAUCUCCCAGUCAAGUCCAAUCAAAGAUAACAUGAGCCCGAUGUCUGAACUAUGUGUCGCGUUGAAAACGUGCAAAAUAUCGUCAGACAGACCGCCUCAUUGGAGGAAAACUGACCCGCUUAGACAAAGGCUUUGUAGACAGCCAAGUAUGAAGUCUACUGUGACAAACGGAACAGAACCCUCGCCUGUGAUAAACCAUACUGUUAAUCAACUUUUGUGUAUAGAAAGAACGUGCCAAGUAUUCGCCAAACGAAUAGCCGAUGCGCUGGUGUUUUCACUAUCCGCUGAACCAGAGGUGGCGGGCGAAUCGUUAAAAAGCGAAGCAAAACAUUUACAGCACACCAUAUUUACGUACAUGGACGAUGAAAGAUUUAAAAAAAUUGAUUUCGCCUUGAUUCACUCACGCUUAGCGCAACUAGUUGUUUUUAAACUGAAGCAACAGACUACAGAUCUCGACGAUAUAAACAAUUUAGUCGAGUUUUUGGUCAAAUUGAGAUGUCCGAAUGACGAUAUUUUCAGUUCGGACGAUGAAAGGAAACCAGCGUCUUACAGGGGCUUUAGUAAAGUGAAAGUGACUUAUGUGAUCGACGGUCAUGUUAGGUGUUUAGCUAGUUUUAUAUGUGAGGAGUUGGAGGCUGACACGACAAAAGGGCCGGCCAUAUCGGAGGUGGAAUGUACGGAGAUUUGGGAGAACGCGGCGAAGUGUCGGUGCGAUUGGAAGAUAGAAGCGUUCGAGAGGAAUAGUAAGAAGAAUACGUCGUUUAGGAAAAACAGGUCGAUUCUGUCGACUAGUCCGAAGAGCGAUAGUUUUAUAAGGCGGCUUACGUUCGACCAUGAUAUAGGCGACGGCAAGUCCACGGAGCCCUACGAGCCGUGCGCGGCCGCCAACUCGCCGGGCGGGGACUCGGCGCCCGCGCAGCUCUACACGCUCGACGUCUCCAACUGCCAGCUCGUCGCCGCUGAGAUAUCAGAAGACGAAUCGGUUGCUUCGUGUCACUCAGAAAACGACGAUGAGGAGGCUUACCACACCGCCUCGGAGCAUUCCGAGAGAGAUGAGAUGCUCGAGGCCAGCGACGCAGCCAUAGCAGAACCUUUUAUAUACGGCGAGGAGCCGACCAAGAUGGACCGUCUGGUGUUCGAGGCAGUCUCUCAGUGUCACAUCACCACAGAGCAGUUCCCCAACAUCUACCGCUGGAGACACACGGUGGCAUUGUAUUCACCUACUGAGAGAAACAAAUGGAAGCCAGCGCCGCUAGCGGACGACAGCAUCUCGUGCUGGUCGCCGCGCGCCGCCGCCAGCCCGCGGCCCGCGCACUGCUCCACGCCCACCAGGGGCGACGCCCGCGACGACAGCCGCAGUGUGCCGCUACAGGUAUCCAACUGGUUACGAGUAACUGGCCCCAACUCUCCGCGUUCAGCGUUAGCGGCUAAGAACGUCAGCCAUAAUGUCAGUUUUGGAUUCUAAACAUAAUAUAAUAACUUACUUUUAUAAACGGACGCGAGAUUUAAACAUAUAUAAAAGAUUAUGGUUACUCAUGUGCGAUAGUAAAUAUCAUGAUUUUCGAUUAAAUUUUGGAGUAACCAAAUUCUUUUAUAUCAUUUAAUUUUUUUCUCAUUUAUUACUGCCAUUAAAGAUUGGAUGAAAACCACGGGCCGAUAAUACUAGACUAUUAUUAAAUAAAGUAUUUUUCGAUAAAUACAAAUUCUGAAUAGUCAUAUGGUCCGCGCUUUAAGAUUAUAUCCAAUAUUUACUGUAACAUAUUUUUGUCAACUAAAUAAUUAUAACAAUGUACUUUAUGGAGAAAAUGAAACGAUUAAACGUGAAGCAAACAUUUCACGACGAAUAUUAUUUUUGACAUUGAUUUACAUGAUUUGAGUAUAACAAUAUGAUAAAGUAAAUUUUAACAUAACAUUUUAAAUGAUUGAUAAAUAUUAUUAACUAUAUUUUGUAUAUGUAAACAGUUAGUUCAACUGUUAUUUGUCAUAUUCAAUUCUUGUGAAUUAUUUUCUCAAAGUGAAUUACAAUUUUGAGUCGACUGCACAAUUUAUAAGUGAAUUUAGAAUAUAAUUACGAACGUAGCUUAUUUAUGAAAUAAAACAAUUAUGAAACUGCCGCCUCAACAUUGUAAUUUGCUCGAAAACAGUUUCUCUUGCGUAAUAUUAAUCUCAAUUUUUGUAUUAUAAUUUGUAUGCAAGAUGUAUGUUGGUUGUAUGUAUAUUAUUGAAUUGAUACGUUAAUUUAAAUUGAAUUUAAUUGUUAGUCGGUAGCUAUUCUCAUAGCGGCACUUUGUACGGACAAUAAACUUAUUUCACUGGGUUAUAAUAACCGUUUUGAACGCCACGAGCAACUAUAGAGAUGAUAAGAUAGAUGUCAGCGAAAUAGUCCAAAUCCUGGCAAAAUUGAUGUCUUCUUAAAAGUUGGUCAAGGCGAACAAAAGUAUAUAGCAUUUAUAGGUUUUGAGUUUGACUUUAUUGUUUUUAUUGGUCAGUAAUAAGUUGUCAGGUAGAGAAUAUAGAUCAGAGGAAAAUACGAAGAAAACGAAAAAUUACUCCCGAACAGUUAAAUAAUAUUAAAUUAUAACUUGCUGACAUUUGUUUCGUGGGUGGUUAGGUUAACGUUUUUUCGAAAAAAAAAGUGCGAUAGUUUUUGACAUUUGGUUUAACAAGUAUUAUUGUCUUAUUCGAUUAAUGUGAAUAAUGCAAAGCAAUAUUUUUGCGCCGAAUAAGUAAGGCGAAGACAUGUCAGACAUGGAGUUGUAAUUUAUUAUUAAACUUUGUUUAUAUAGCAACUCUACGAGAAGAGAUUUUAUUUAGUUAAAUAGGCAGGUAGCAUACUUCUAUUUUACUGAAACACUGGUUAUAUGUUGCCAAAAAGUUGUUAAGUGGAAUGUUGCACUGAUUUACGAACGUUUGUACUUUUAUAUCAAAACGAAAACGAAAAAAAUGUAAAGUAAAUGUAUGUUUUAUAUGAUACGUUUUAAUUCAAUAGACAUUAUUAUAAUAAAUUAUGACUGGUUCAA